AUGCGCAUUGAGCUAGAUUGCAAUGCAUUUAUUAGGGUGAUCGAGACAGCCGUCGAUGUGUCUACCCCAUGGGCGAAACCAUCGGAGUGGGCGACCCCCGGAUUUACCCAACAAUGCAAAGACACAGUGAAGCUAGUACGCCAACUAAGGAGGCGCCAUCGCAAGACAAAGAACCCCUACGAUUGGAUACGCUACAAAGAGGUCCGCAAUUGGAAAAAACGACUCGUCAAAGGCACGCUUACUCAAGCCCACCGGCAACGGGUACAGCAGGCCAUUGAGGAAGGACCCCAGGGCGUGUGGCGCCUUGCCAAAUGGGCCCGCAACCGGGACGGAGCGUACGAGCGCGGCAUUACCCCUUCAUUGAAACGGCUGGAUGGGACAGUUGCAGAGACCGUUGACGAAAAAGCAGCGGCAUUCCAAACCGCCUUCUUCCCAUAA